AUGGUUGAUACUCAUUUACAGAAUUCUGCGCUGGGGAUUGUGGUUGCCUUCCCCAUUUUGGCUGGAAUCGCUGUCCUCUUGAGGCUCUGGAGCCGCCACUUAUCACGAUCGGCACUCACCAGUGAUGAUUACUUGAUCACGGUGGGAUAUAUUCUCGCCGUUGUCCAAUCCGUCACCUCAUGGUAUUAUAUCACAACCAACUACGUCGGGAUACACUACAACGAUAUUCCAAAAGACCGUGAUGUCAAGACGGGGUUCAUUGUCAGUAUUCUGGCGGCUGUCAACGAUGGAUGCUGUAACUUACCCGGAGUCAUUGAACAGUGGAACUAUGUCAACCAGCUGGUCUACAAUCCCGCCCUGACCGUCGUCAAGCUGUCCAUCUUGUUAUUCCUGCGUAGGCUGGAAUCUCAGUCGCGCGUGGUAAACGGCCUGAUCUGGGGCGCCAUGGCUUUCAUCGUCGGACUCUUCAUCGCGACACUAUCCGUUGAUAUCUUCCAAUGUCGUCCAAUCGCCUAUGUCUACGAUAUGUCGAUUCCAGGCGGCACAUGCAUUGAUCAAGGCGGCUUCUACGUGUCGACUGCGGCGCUUAAUCUGCUCACGGACUUGGUGGUGCUGUCAAUUCCCAUCAUUAUCACUUGGAGCUUGCAGAUGCCCCUGCGACGGAAAAUUGCCGUCUGCGUCAUCCUAUGCCUGGGUGGAGUUGCAACCGCCAUCGGCGUCUGGCGCAUCGUCAUCCUCGCCCAGGUCUUCCUCACCCACAAAGUUAACCUCGAUCCAACCUACAACAUCAGCUUCUGCAGCUCCGCCAUCGAAGUCAACGUCGCCGUGAUCACCGCCUGCGGCCCCUCCGUGAAAGCCAUCGCCAGCCGAUACCUCCCCCAUCUCCUCGGCACAUCCCAUCGUGAAACCUCCAGCUACGCCGCCGGCACCAGCGGCUCGCGCGGGCGAUUCCCUGGCUCGAAGCUAUUUACGAGCAACAAGUCGCCGCUGCACUCCAACGCGGACGACGGAUACGAGAUGGCGGACCCGAAUGCUGGGAAUACUGUGAGUAUUGGCCGAAGCGGUAGCGGCCGCUUCGAUAUGCGCAAGUAUCGCCGGGGCGGGGAUAGUCCGAGUAUUAGCAGCGGUAGUGAGAAUGGGGUUGCGGGAAUUGUUAAGACAACGGAUGUGUCGGUUAAGUAUACUGUUGGCGAAGUGACGUUCGAUAAUCGGUCGCGGGAUGGGAAGCAUGCCAGUGUGGAUAGUUUGGUGUAG